AUGGCGACCGAAAAUGCUCCUGUCAACGGCCUGUACGGCACAAACCAGUACAGUCAGCCAGCUGAACUCGCGGCGUCUACUCCAUCUGCCUCAGGUCAUGGUGCUUCUGCUUCUCAAAGUACCACUACUUCUGCCGCCGCUCAGAAGGCAGAUCCCCAAGAGAUUGGUUGGUAUUUUGUCGAGCAAUACUACACCACUCUGUCCAAGAGCCCGGAAAAGAUACAUUUGUUUUAUUCCAAGAAGUCGCAGCUUGUCACGGGUGUUGAGGCUGAGAAGGUUGUUCCUGCGUUGGGCACCAAGGCCAUCAGCGAGAAGAUCAAAGCGCUUGAUUUCCAAGACUGCAAAGUGCGCGUCCUCAAUGUUGAUUCCCAGUCGUCCUUUUCCAAUAUCGUUGUCCAAGUCAUUGGCGAGAUGUCAAAUAAGUCGGAGCCGCACCACAAAUUUGUCCAGACCUUUGUUCUCGCCGAGCAGCCCAAUGGCUACUUUGUUUUGAAUGACAUCUUCCGUUAUCUCAGCGACGACGAAGAUGAAAUUGUAGAAGACGAACAACCUCAAGCCGAAGUUCCUGCCGAGCAACCUGCCACUCCUGCCGAUGGUCUGACUGGUGCUCAGGAGCACGCUCCUGAUACCGUUACUACCGAGGCUGCUGCUGCUGCUGAGGAGGAGGUUGACGAGAGCCUUGAGGACGAGAAACCCGAACCAGCUCCAGCAAAUGGCGCAGGGGUUAACGGUGCUGUCAUUCCACCCCCUGGCGAGCAAACAGCAGAGAUCCCCGAGAGCGCCGUCAAUACACAAGAAGCGUUGGUGGGAGAGACCGCCAACGCCGCCGCUCCAGAGCCGUCAACAGAGCCCGCAACCAGUCAAGUCGAGCCUGCCGCUGAGACCACCGCUCCCGCUCCUGUUGAGGCACCAAAGAGGACUUGGGCAAGCAUGGUUGGUGGUGGCGCCGCCGCCAAACCAGCUGUUCCCGCUCUUCCUGUCACAACCCCUGUUGCUCAGCCCAAAGCCUUUAGACCGGCACAACCUGCUCCAGCCCCCAAAACAUCAGCCGAGCCUCCUGCUGCCGCAGCAAACACCACUGCUAGCACUCCAACUUCUCAGAGCAAUGGCUGGCAAACCGCCGACCAUAGCAAGAAGGGAAAUCGACCACAGAACAAACCGGCAUCUGAGGGCAUAACGCUCGCUUACAUUAAAAACGUGAAUGAGAAAGUGGAUGCCAGAAUCCUCCGGGAGGCCCUCGAACGCUUUGGUGAGCUCAAGUACUUUGAUGUGUCACGACCGAAGAACUGUGCUUUUGUGGAAUUCCUUGAACCGGCUGGCUACACCGCCGCUGUUGCUGCCAACCCACAUACCAUCGGCUCAGAGCAGAUCUACGUUGAAGAGCGCCGUCCCCGCCCCAACGCUUACGGUGGCAGUAACACAAACUACAAUCGUGGCAGCAGCAAUACCGGACGCGGUCGUGGUGGGAUGCAAGGCGGCCGGACCGGAAGUCAGACCAAUUUUCCGAAGGACGCAGGACGUGGCGCUGGUCUUCAACCGAGAGGCGGAAAAUCUGGUUCGGUCACUCCCAAGGGACGUGGUCAGACCCCGGCCGCUUGA